CAGACAUGUUGGCUGGCACAAACAUGAACGAGCACAGUUCCAGGAGUCACAGCAUCUUCCUCAUCAACAUCAAGCAGGAGAACUCUCAGACCGGACAGAAGCUGAUCGGCAAGCUGUACCUCGUGGACCUGGCCGGCAGUGAAAAAAUUGGUAAAACAGGAGCAGAGGGCACAGUGCUGGAUGAAGCCAAGAUGAUCAACAAGUCGCUGUCUUCACUGGGAAAUGUCAUCUCAGCUCUGGCAGAGGGCUCGGCUUAUGUGCCGUACAGAGACAGUAAGAUGACCCGGAUCCUGCAGGACUCCCUGGGGGGGAACUGUCGAACCACCAUGGUCAUCUGCGCCUCACCCUCUGCCUACAAUGACGCUGAGACCAGGUCAACUCUGCUGUUUGGACAGAGGGCAAAUACCAUCAAGAACACAGUGACUCUGAAUGUGGAGCUGACUGCAGAGCAGUGGAAGAAAAAGUGGGAGAAAGAGAAGGAGAAUAACAAGACGCUGAAAAACACCGUCACAUGGCUGGAGAGCGAGCUGACCCGCUGGAGAGGCGGAGAGAGUGUGCCAGUGGAGGAUCAGUUUGAUAAAGAGAAGGCCAAAGCAGAGGUGCAGGCCCUGGACAGCGCGCUCAACAAUGACAAGACGGCCCCCACACCGGCCCUCAGCGCCCCCCCCGGGGUCAAACUCACUGACGCUGAGAAAGUGAAGUAUGGGGCAGAAAUGGCCAAGAUGUACAAAGAGAUGGAUGACAAGGACGAUGAGAUCAACCAGCAGUCUCAGGAGUUAGAGGAGCUGAAGGAGCAGAUGUUGGACCAGGAGGAGCUCUUAGCCUCCUCCCAGCUGGAUCACAACACCCUGCAGACUGAACUGAACCGGCUGCUGGCUGAGAACGAAGCCUCCAAGGAGGAGGUGAAGGAGGUGCUGCAGGCGCUGGAGGAGCUCGCCCUCAACUAUGACCAGAAGAGUCGGGAAGUGGAGGACAAAGCGCAGGAGUUUGAGGCUCUCAGUGAGGAGCUUAACGAGAAAUCGAGCUCCCUGGCCUCCAUUGACUCUGAGCUGCAGAAGCUGAAGGAGAUGACCAACCACCAGAAGAAGAGGUUCACUGAGAUGAUGUCAUCAUUACUCAAAGACCUGGCCGAGAUAGGCAUCGCCGUGGGAAGCAACGACAUAAAGCAUCACAAGAGCAGCGGUCUCAUCGAUGAAGAGUUCACCAUGGCCCGCCUCUACAUCAGUAAGAUGAAGUCGGAGGUGAAGACGAUGGUGAAGCGCAGCAAACUGCUGGAGAGCUCAAAGGUCGAGAACACCCUGAAGAUGGACGAGACGGAGAGUGAGCUGAUCGCCUGCCAGCUCCGCAUCUCCCAGAAUGAAGCUAAGAUCAAGUCCCUGACAGACAGCCUCCACAAUGUGGAGCAGAAGAAAAGACAGCUGGAGGAAACGGUGGACUCUCUCAAUGAGGAAAUAGUUCGGAUCAGAGCCCAAGAGAAAGUCAACACCAUGGAGAAAGAGAACGAGAUCCAGUCUGCCAAUGAAGUCAAGGAAACCGUGGAGAGGCAGAUCCAGUUUCACAGAGAGACCCAUCAGAAGCAGAUCAGCAGCCUGAGAGACGAGCUGGACAACAAGGACAAACUCAUGACAGAGCUAGAGGAUCUGAACCAGAGGAUCAUGCUGGAGCAGGAGCAGCUGAGGAUGGAGCAUGAGAAGCUGAAGGCUGCUGACCAGGAGAAGAGCCGCCAGCUGCAGGAGCUCACGGUGAUGCAGGACAGGAGGGAGCAGGGCAGAAAUGACCUGAAGGGACUGGAGGACACUGUGGGCCGAGAGCUGCAAACACUCCACAACCUCAGAAGGCUUUUUGUCCAAGACUUGGUCACUCGCGUCAAAAAGAAUGCUCAUGUGGAUGGUGACACAGAAGGCAGCUCUACGCAUAAACAGAAGAUCUCUUUCCUGGAGAACAACCUCGAGCAGCUCACCAAAGCUCACAAGCAGCUGCUACGGGACAACACAGACCUGCGCUGUGAGCUGCCUAAACUGGAAAAGCGCCUGAGGGCCACCGCUGAGCGGGUGAAAGCCCUGGAGGCGGCACUGAAGGAGGCCAAAGAGAACGCAGCCCUCGACCGUAAGCGCCACGAGCAGGAGAUGGAGCGCAUUAAGGACACUCCCAAGCCCAAGAACAUGGGCAGGAGAGCCUCCAUAGCCAAGCCCAUUAGACCAGGCCAGCUCCCUGGAGCGCCCCCCCGGUCCCCCGGCCUCAAUAGAUCCAACCUCAUCGGGAACAACAUCAGGGAGGCGGGCGACAGCAGCCCCUGAAGAUGGAGCAGUCACCCAUGUAACAUCUUGAAGCUCCAGACCCAUCUACAUUUUCAUUACAAAGAUAUUGAACUUUCACCUGAAACCACUGCACCACUCUUCCAGCAUCAAAGUGUGUAUAUAAAUAUAUAUAACUGUAUAUAAGAAUUCCAUAAACUGUGUAGACAAGCCUCUACUAUAACCACAUCAGUGCCUUGUAAAAUCAACACAUGGUAAAUGGACUGUACUUAUAUAGCGCUUUAUCCAGUCUUUAAGACCCCUCAAAGCGCUUUACAUACUACAUGUCAUUCACCCAUUCACACCCAUU